CCUUUGGUUCCUCUUCCCCCCUCCUCGCAUUCACCACCCGUCUUCUUAGUCGUCUCUUCACGCCGCCUCCCCGAACGGUGCCAGUUCCGCCUCCCCCUCCCAUCCUGGCCUCAUCGCGCCACCCGGUCAAUGACGGUCCGUCGUCCAAACGACGGAGAUUAGUCUCCUCUGCAGUGCCCGGCAGACAAUCAGCAUCCACCUCGACCUUCCCUCCGCCUGUCCCCUUCCCUAGGUUCAUGUCGUUCCCGUCGAGUUCGGCCUCGCCCUCGUCCAGUACCGCCGCCUCAGCCUCCGCCGCCUUCACCGCCCCACCGCCUCUUGCUGGUUUCAGGCCUCAUGCGAGCUCGGAAAUUUUACGGUUCAAUGAGGCUGGCCCUGCACUAGAUAGACGCACCGAGAGACAGCGAUCCACUCUCAGCGGGUCGGAUCGUAAGCGACGGAUAGUCAAUCUGGAGGGCGAUGCGUGGUCGAGCCGUGCAGCUCCCGAGCCGCUGACCGACGCCGGCCCGAGCAGUAGAGCAGAGAUGGAUAGCAGCAGGUCGAUCUCCCAACUCUCGUUUCAAACCCGCCAGGAUUCGGCCCUCCCCAGUUCCUCCUAUGCCACCCCAGUCGGUCUUACGACCUCACCUUUGGAAUCCCGCCCUUUGGGAACUGGAUCCUGGUCGCGUGCGGAUAACAAUUAUGUGGAGUAUAUACGGCCGCACUGGCAACCUGAUGCAGAGGUGACGAAAUGUCCCAUCUGUGGGUCAACCUUCACCUUCUGGUACAGAAAGCAUCACUGCCGUAAGUGUGGCCGAGUUGUGUGUGCGUCAUGUUCACCGCACCGGAUCACCAUCCCACGCCAGUUCAUCGUGCGCGAUCCCAGCCGGUCCCAUGCGUCAUCCUCCUUGAUCCCUCCGCGGACGGCUCCAGCCCUUGACAUAGAAGGGGAUGACACAGUCCAUUCGCCUACGGCUCUCAAUCCGGCCCUGGGUGGCGGGGAAGAGGUGCGACUUUGUAACCCCUGUGUUCCGGAUCCCAACCCAGAACCACUGCGUGGGUUUGCGACAGUUCGAACUCGUGGGGAAGCCGACUCGGGCACGGGCAUAGUGCCGGGACCCUACGUUGUUCCAUCCAGUCAAUCUCGGCGUCGGUCAUAUCAUUCAGUGUCAUCCACCACGAAUCCGUACAGUGGGGUGCUUCCCGGUACUUUCCCUUCUCGAUCGGGACGAAGGACAGUGGGCUCGAGCGAAUACUCGACAUUCGGCGGGUUUGGAAGCACCUUUGCUUCACGGUUCCACGAACGGCCUAUGGAUUACGGUUCGCUGUCCGGUCCCCGCGUCCCUCCUGCACCUAUGGGUGCUGGUGCAUCUGCUCGGCCACUUUAUCCAGCUGCCGGAAGUGCCAGCUCAUUGCCCGUGUCGUCGUCGAGAGUCCGGCCUCCGGCCCUGCAGACAUCGCAGUGGCGUCGGAACCAUGUCGAGGAGCGCGAUCUCUGUCCGAUCUGCGACCAGGCACUCCCGGCGUUGGGCGAAAACGGGAGCGAGGAUGCUCGGGAGGCACAUAUCCGCGAUUGUAUCGAAAGCCAUGGCCGGCAGGGACGCUUAUCACCCCCGAGCGGAAGCCCCGUGGCCCAAGCGCAUCUUCCUGUUCGUCUCGUGGUGUUUAAGGCCACGGAGAAGGACUGUGUUGGACAAGACGGCGGGCUGCAGGAGUGUACCAUCUGCAUGGAAGAGUAUGAGGUUGGUCAGUCCCUGGUGCGGCUCGAGUGCUUGUGCAAAUUCCACAAGCGAUGCAUCGUGGAGUGGUUUGAGCGAAAGAAGGAGUGCCCGGUGCAUAAGGUAUCCUGACUGAGCUGAUGGCUUGCUGUCGCGGCUGGAUUCGCGUUGUUUUGCAAUCGCCCCUCCCCCCCCCGGUCGCAUUCUGCGGGGUGGAUGUUGAUGUUUUGUCCGAGGGUUUUUGAGCCGGAGUCCUGGCUUGUUGUUUCUGACUUGGUGUUUGUGCUUGGCCCCCAAUGUGU